UUUUUCGUAUUCUAGUAACCGAUCGGCGUUUUCGUGGUGCUCGGUUUUUUUUAGUUUCUGUUUCUUUCGUGCGCGAUUUGAGCUGCAAAAUUCUUUGCGCAUUUUUCUAUCAUUUCUUCCUCUCCACCCGUCGUUCACACCAAACCCCACAACACGAUUUUUUUCCGCUUUCAUGCAAGCCGUCUCGUUCACAACAAUUGUUUUAAAGUCUGAGUUUUCAUUUGAAUGUCGAGUCGGAAUGAUCUUUCGCGUGCGAGUAGCGGAAAGUGUAAAAUUUCUUCUCGCAACUUGUUACGAGUUCAAUCAAUCUUAA